GCAGUCGUAUUUAGUGCCAUACAUUUUCGUUUUAGUAAUAAAAUGAACGUCCCCACUGCAACAAUACUGUUGUUUGUGGUCCCGUUGAUCCAUCACGCUCAGUUAAUAAUAUUCAAUCGAACGGACGACGAUACUUCGAAUGAAUCCAACGACAGUUCCCGAGAAGAAAAUACUAAAGAAAGGUUUGUCAAUGGAUCCGAAUUGACUUUCCUCUAUUGGAACUCUAUUCUUGGAAAUGAUAGGCCAAUAGAAAUUGAAUUCGGUAAAGAAUUCAGUGUACUUGAUUAUUGGAUUGACGGUUUCCCUUUAAAAGCCAUUACUCACGGAUGGCUUUCGUCUGACGAUAAUUGCUCUGGAGUGUUUACCAUUAAAACUGCUUAUAUCGACACCGGAGGGUACAACGUUUUCUCGGUGGAUUGGAGCCAUAUCUCAAAAGAUAUUAUUUAUAGCACACCGGCUAUUCUGACCUUAUCCGUGGGUAUUGUAGUUGCUGAAUUUUUUGAACGUGUGGUCGCAUACACAGGAAUAUACCCGUCAGACGUACACUUAAUAGGUCACAGUCUCGGUGCCCACGUCAUGGGGUCUUGUGGCUCUAAUUUUAAACUGGGGAAAAUUGGCAGGAUCACUGGCCUGGAUCCAGCCCGCCCGGGCUUUAUGCCUAUUCCUUUGCAGAAAGAACACUUGAAUAAAGACGAUGGAGAGUUUGUGGACGUGAUACAUACGUCUGGAGGAACUUUAGGUUGUAAGGAGAGUUUGGGUCACGUCGAUUUCCAUCCCAACAGCGGAAAAGCGCCACAACCGGGAUGUGGUAUCUUAAUAUUAGACUCCAUAAUGAACAGUCAUUCGAGAUCGUAUGAACUCUAUGCAGAUUCUGUGUACUAUAGAAGAUCUUUAGUCGCAACACAAUGUGAUUCGUGGUCGGACUUUAAAUCAAACAAAUGUGAAAACAACAUUAAAAUUUUUAUGGGACACGACGCAGGGGAGUAUACUAGUGUUCGGGGUAAUUUCUACUUGAAGACCAAUGGAUCGAGUCCUUUUGCAUGUUUCGUGAGGAGUGUUAUGCGUUUUGUACAAAAAGCGGUCAUCAGAUGGGAUGGGUUUGAUCAAAAAUACAUACAAAUGUUGUCCGUCAACGAUAAAAAUGUGGACAUCCAAUAUUGGAAUUCGAAUCUUGGUGACGACAAAUCGAUAAAAAUAAAAUUCGAUCAUGAGUACAAAAUAUUAGAACAUUGGAUUCCGGAUUUGCCUUUAAAAGUGAUCAUACAUGGAUGGCUCGACUCUAUCGUACACAAGGAUGGCGUGUUUUGUAUCAAAACAGCUUACAUAAAUGUCGGAGGAUAUAACGUGAUAACCGUGGAUUGGGGUGGUAUAGCAGGAAAUCGGAAUUACAUGUUGCCGAUGUUGAUGACAUCAAAAAUAGGUGCCAGACUGUCCAAGGUGUUGGACAAUAUCGUGGAUCUCGGUAUAAUGAAUUCGGAGGAUAUACAUCUGAUCGGUCACAGUCUCGGGGCCCACAUUGCUGGCGUGUGUGGGUCUCUGAUAAAGUCGGGAAAAAUCGGCCGGAUAACGGGUCUCGAUCCGGCCGGACCGGGCUUUGAGUUUGCAAAGUUGCAGAAAAAAGGACUGAAAAAAACUGACGCUCUAUUUGUUGACAUUAUCCACACAUCCGGUGGUUCCACGGGUAUUUAUCACUCGGCGGGUCAUGCAGACUUCUUCCCGAACGGCGGCACCGUACCUCAAUCGGGCUGUUACGACGGUAUGCAGAUUGAAAGGAUAAUCGGACUCGUUGGUUGCAGUCACUCUAGGGCAUACAUGCUGUACGAAGACUCGGUCUACCAUGCCAAUUCGAUGAUGGCGGUCAAGUGCAAAUCUUGGAAUGAUUACGUAGAAGAAAAGUGCUACGGUAACACUUCAACGCCGAUGGGACACGGCACUUCAACUAAGGUGAGAGGUGAUUUUUAUUUGAGGACUAAAGGUGAGGCUCCUUUCGAUGCUUCCGAAAUACCAAAAGAAGACCUCUAAAAUUAUGUCCUCUUGAUACCACUAAUGACGUUCAGAAACCAUGAACGAGCAGUAAAGACAUUCGAUUUGUCAACAUUUCAAGUUAAGAUUAACAGCAAUUUUGAUUUAUAAUUAGUACAAAGCAUAAAUUAUUAAUAAUUUUAAGUAAUAUUUCAAGGAGUCUAAUAUUUUAGUCGUAUUGUAAAUCGAUUUGAAUUAUUAUUAAUAAUUGUGUUAUUAUUUAUGAUUUUUAAUGUAAUUUAUUAUGAUUGUUAUUUAAAGUAAAUGGCUUAAUUUUCUGUUAUUUUUGUUAAACAUAUUUAAUGAAUUUAUUUAUAUAAGUUGUUAAUAAAUUUGAAUACCUAUAUUCUAUAAUGAAA